CAAUCCCAACCUGGCGCUCCCCAAACAAAAGGGAUCUUGGGGCCCCGGGAGGAGCCUGAAUGACACUGGAGAAGCCCCUCCUUCCGCCCGCGCCGAUUGGAGCCGGGGCUGGAGGCGCGAGGCGGCGAUUGGCCCUGGAGAAUGCCAAUACCCGCGCCGGGCGGCCUAGAGGGCGGGGCCUCGGGGCAGUGGAUGGGGAGCGGGCGGCGGAGGCGGCGGAGGCGGCGGGGAACCGAGCCCGGAGCGCCGCGGAAAGCAUUGGACACUUUUCCACCAUGCUGAUGGUAUUUUAAAUAUAUUAGACAAUUUUCCAAAAUUUUAAUUGAAGAAAAUCUUGAGAGAUUAUACUUGAGGACGAAAGUGUGACUCAGCCGAUUAUCAGCCCUUCAGAAUGAAUCUGGAAAAACUCAGCAAACCUGAACUCCUGACACUAUUUAGUAUUCUUGAAGGAGAACUUGAAGCAAGGGACCUUGUUAUAGAAGCUUUAAAGGCCCAACACAGGGAUACUUUCAUUGAAGAACGCUAUGGAAAAUAUAACAUCAGUGAUCCAUUAAUGGCUCUACAGAGAGAUUUUGAAACACUGAAGGAGAAAAAUGACAGCGAGAAGCAGCCGGUCUGCACAAACCCACUGUCCAUCCUGAAGGUGGUAAUGAAGCAGUGUAAGAGCAUGCAGGAGCGCAUGCUGUCCCAGCUGGCUGCCGCCGAGAGCAGGCACCGCAAGGUGAUCCUAGACCUUGAGGAAGAAAGGCAGAGGCAUGCCCAGGACACAGCUGAAGGCGACGAUGUCACCUACAUGCUGGAGAAGGAGAGAGAGAGGCUGACUCAGCAGCUGGAAUUUGAGAAGUCCCAGGUGAAGAAGUUUGAAAGGGAGCAGAAGAAGCUCUCCAGCCAGCUGGAGGAGGAGCGCUCCCGCCACAAGCAGCUGUCGUCCAUGCUGGUGCUGGAGUGCAAGAAGGCCACCAGCAAGGCUGCCGAGGAGGGCCAGAAGGCCGGGGAGCUGAGCCUGAGGCUGGAGAAGGAGAAGAGCCGCGCCAGCAGGCUGGAGGAGGAGCUGGCGGCCGAGCGGAAGCGCGGCCUGCAGACCGAGGCCCAGGUGGAGAAGCAGCUGUCCGAGUUCGACAUCGAAAGGGAACAGCUGAGAGCCAAGCUGAACCGCGAGGAAAACCGGACCAGGACGCUGAAGGAAGAGAUGGAAAGCCUGAAGAAGAUCGUGAGGGAGCUCGAGGCUUCCCAUCAGCACAGCAGCCCCCACGCGCGGCUGCAGAAACCAGCCACCGUGGCCAGGGGCACAGCCACGGAGCCGCUCACGCGUGCGUCUGUCUUUUGCCAGACGGAGAGCUUUCAGGCAGAAAGAGCCCAUGGGGGCAGCGAGGCCAAGGUGACCGACACUGGGCUGCCGGGCCCCCCCACUCCUGCUACCGCUUAUGCAAAAGCCAACGGCCAUUGUGACCCGGGGAUACAAGCCACCAGGGAGCUGACUGCAGGCAGCGGUGCGGAAAACCAAGGGCCUCCGCGAGACAAGCCCGUGGAGAAUGGCGGGUGCACCGUCGGGACCGAGACUCCAGCCCCGGCGCCCAGCCACCUCCCUUCCGGCGGGAGCUCCCCGUCUCCCAGCAGCACCGCCUCCUCCUCCCUGACUUCCUCUCCCUGCUCCUCACCAGUGCUCGCCAAGCGCCUACUGGGGUCCUCAGCCGGCAGCCCUGGCUACCAGUCGUCCUACCAAGUGGGGAUCAACCAGCGGUUCCACGCAGCUCGGCACAAGUUCCAGUCCCAAGCAGAUCAGGACCAGCAAACCAGUGGUCUCCAGAGCCCUCCGUCCAGGGAUCUGUCCCCCACCCUCAUGGACAACUCUGCUGCCAAGCAGCUGGCCCGAAACACAGUCACUCAGGUGCUCUCCAGAUUCACGAGCCAGCAGGGGCCGAUAAAGCCCGUGUCUCCCAACAGCUCUCCCUUCGGCACAGACUACCGCAGUCUGGCUGGCACUGCCAGUCCCAGAGGUGACUCCAGCCAUUCACCGACCCCGGGGAAAGUGUCCAGCCCGCUGAGCCCCCUGUCUCCAGGAAUCAAGUCCCCCACCAUCCCCAGAGCCGAGAGGGGAAACCCCCCGCCAAUCCCCCCCAAGAAGCCCGGCCUCACCCCAUCUCCAUCUGCUACCACCCCUAUGACCAAAACUCCUUCCCAGACACCCUCUCUGGCCACCAGCGAAGACAUUGCCAGCAGCUGCUCUUCCAGUGCCGUCGUGCCCAACGGCAAGGAUGUCGAGGUACUGUUGCCCACCAGCAGCUAGUCCCCACAAGCAGGCUACACGUGUGACAUUCCAUCAGAUUCCGUCCAGGAGCUCAGAGACCGUUGAGUCAGAUCGUGUUAUUUAUUUUGACAGUAGCUGAAACCAUCUGUAUAAUGCAUUUAGUGCGUUUCACCUUUUUGUAUUUUUUUAAGCAAAAACUGAGUAGUUGGAUUGUUACGGCUCACAUCUUUGUCCUGAAGCGAGAAGGGCACCUCCAGGACAUCUCCCACUCAGCAAUCGCUGUCAUGUUGUGAUGGAGUGCCAGGUGGUGACUUGCUGUCUAUUUGGGGACUAGAAUCACUCAACACUCGUUUUGAAUUAUGCAGAAGUGGUUCUUGCAGGUUUUUAUUCCAGAUAAACAUGUUUUAAAAGUGCCUGAAAUAUGACUGCAAUAUGAAUGUGAUUCUGCAGCAGAAACACAAAACGGACCAUUUAAUUGCAGAAAAUGAGAUCCUCUGAAUACUGAAUGUUAAAAACCAACACUGCUUUUAAUCCUCUUUUACUGUUUUUAAUACAAGCUUUGUGUUCUGAAACAAGGCUGUGUAAGCAGAAUGGGAAUUCUUCUACAGGUGGGUGUGAACUCACCACAGAGCUGAGCUUUGUAGAGCCCUUGAGAAGCCCUGAGCACUAAAGCACUGGGGUGCUGAUUUGCUGGUACUUUUGAAAACUUAACCCACUCCUUAGUUUCCUGUGUAAAUUCCUGAAUAGAAUGAAAUCACAUCUCCAUUCAAGUUAUGUCUCCAAGCAUCCACUGUUGUGUAAGGAAGUUCUGAUUCUGAUCACUAUUACUUGAAUAGGAAAUGGUUGCUCAUUCUGUAUAAAAGUUUUGCAACAGAAUGAAAUCUUUAUUCUGUAAUCAAAAAGCAAUAACUUAAAAUUCACUCUCUUUGUAACAAUGUAAAUCAGAAUUAUACAAGUUUCACCAAAUUGUUACAUUUAUUCUCCAAGCUGCCAGCAUUUGGGGUCUGUAUCUGUGAAACCAAAUUAACUUUUGCCAAAAUGGAAGUAUACAUAUAUCUGUAUAGACAUUACCCCCUCACGUGUUUAACAUAGACACACCUAAACACAUAAGUGUGCGUGUAAUUAGAUCUUUGAAGUUUGCAAUAUGGCAUAAAGGACAAGUAGAAUUGCACAUUAAGAUUACCUACCAAAGCUAUCUAGCUGGGACCCAGUCAAAGGGGCAAUCUUGUCCAGAGGGAGGUGGAGAGAUUCCAGAUGAAGCCCAGGUCUUCAGCAUCAUAAAAAAGCAAAGCUAAAUUAACCCCAUGUCAUAAAACUCAACUGGUCACAUGAAUGGGUGCAACUGGCCAGGUGCGGUGUCUCACACCUGCAAUCCCAGCACUGGGGGAGGCUGAGGCAGGAGGCUCACUUGAGGCCAGGCGUUCCAGACCAGCCUCUUGCCGCCAUGCAAGAAUGCUAGACCAGAGUUACCAGUUCUUCAAACUUUUAUGAACUCCAAGCUUUCAUGAGAAACAGUCUCAUUUUUAAAUAUCAAGGACUGAUUUUAAAAACUUUAAACACCACUGGUUAAACAAACACUUCUGCAGCUGGAGUUAGCUUACAAGCUGCCAGGUUGCAACUUCUUUCAUCUAGAAACUUCCAUCAUUUCUAUCAUAGUGAGUUUGUGUGGACAGAAACCUCCAGACUCUCCAACUGUGUAGACUAGUACUGCUGAUAAAGUCCAUAGAAUAUGAAGACUGUCCCUGUCAUCCAAACAAGACUGUACAACUUUGACACUUGACACAGCGGUUAUAUAAUUUGGUGUCCACAGGGCAGGAGAGGCCUUAAUGUCGUCACAUAAGUUCUUCGAGCCAACAUCUUGCAGCAGCCCCUGACCUGCUGCCGUAAUUUAGGUCUAUUUCCUUUAAUCCAGUAUGAGCUGGGGGGUAGCAGGUGAUAGAAAUCGACAUGUGAAUCACAACGGAGUCUCUUAGUGACUCAUGGUCUGGUAAGACAAAUGCAUCAAAAAUUAAAUGCUACUGACUACCAAAAUGAUGUAGGGGGUGUCUUAAAGAACUGUCCAAAGCAAUCAUGCAUUGAGCUUUGUUUCCCAUGAAUUGCCAAAAUGAACAGUGUUGAAAAAGUAGCUGAACUUCCUAAACAGGAGAGGGGGCCACAGUGCCAGAGUCUUAUUAUCUCUCAUGCUUUAAAUGGUAAUCUUAAAACUGCAUUGUGCUCUUCCUUUGUUUGGGGAUAGAUAUAUAGAGAGAGAGAGAGAAACUAUAAGGAAGUUUAUUUCUUAGGAAGUGCACUGAAUAACGUAUUUCUUUUACAGUGUAACACGGGGUGGGGAUAUACAAAGGAAAUGUGUAUUUUUGCUAGUUGCCUAUCUUCUGAGAUAAAUAAGCACAACCCUGCAAUGGAUCCAAUAAUCCACUUAGAUGUUAUAGAGUAGUAUUUAAGUUUGCCGUAGAUUGUGUGUGUGUGUGCUAAGUAAAAGUUCCAUGACUCACAAUUUCGGUAUUAACCCAUGUUGCAAAAGCUCGUACUGGUCAGUGGAUUGUAAUGAUGUGCAACAUAGAACACCAGCGUUAACUAGUCAUUACCAUUUGUAAAGCCAAAUACACAAUGCAGAACUCUUCAUUCAUUUUUAUAGCAGAUUUCAUUAAAACAAGUUAAGUCAUACCA